AUGGAGAGACGACAGAGAAAGAGAGAAGAAUUUGCUGACUGCACUCUCCUUUUCACUGAUAUUGUCACAUUCACAAACAUUUGUGCUCUGUGUACUCCGUAUGAUGUCGUUACUCUACUCAAUGAUUUAUAUCUUCGAUUCGAUCGUCUUGUCGGAUUGCAUGACGCCUACAAAGUGGAAACAAUUGGUGAUGCUUAUAUGAUCGUCGGUGGUGUUCCAGAACAUUGUGAAAAUCACGCAGAAAGAGUUUUGAAUAUCUCAAUCGGAAUGUUGAUGGAAUCUAAAUUAGUCCUAUCUCCAAUCACUCAUAAACCAAUCAAAAUUCGUCUGGGUGUACACUGUGGACCAGUUGUUGCUGGAGUUGUUGGAAUCAAAAUGCCAAGAUAUUGUCUAUUUGGUGACACUGUAAAUGUUGCAAACAAAAUGGAAUCCAAUGGAAUUCAGUGCAAAAUCCACGUCAGUGAAACCGCUAAACAAAAUGGAUUGAAAGCGAACCCUUCGUAUGUGUUCAUCGAUAGAGGAAACACUGAAAUAAGGGGAAAGGGAAUGAUGUACACCUACUUUUUGGAGAGAAACGACAGAAAAAGUGUUUGGGAAUUGUGUGCAAGACCGAGAUCUGGGGAACAGACUAUCGAUGGUUACAUGGAGCUUCACGAUCAAGCAAUUUAUCAAGAAGAGGGUAAUCAGGAGAGAGCAAAUGCUGAAAAUGGACAUAAUUCAUCAGCUAACGCAGCGAACAAUAAUAAUAAUCAUCACUCUGGACGCAAAAUGAUGAACGGAACCAGCGUCGACCCUGGAAGUCAUCACGUCCGCUCUCCAACCUGCACAAUUUGCUAA